AUACUCAACAUAGUUACCAACUCCCCUCCAAUUAUUAUCCGACCGAAAAACAAAGACUUUAACCAACACUGGUUAAACUCUUCAGCUUUUGCAAAACAGACUGCAAUUCUUUUCCUCUACUUCAUAAUCCUACUCUUUGAUUUUCUAUCUACUUCCAUUCUUCUUAUAAUUCCUUCCUCUAAUUUAUUUCUCAUCAUGUCUUUCAUUGUAGAGCCCGCUCUAUCUGCGUUCUUUGAAGCGUUGUUUGGCAAGUUUACCUCUUCCGAGUUCGAGUUUGUCACUGAGAAGCGGGUUCGCAAGGAGAUUAAGAAGUGGGAAAAUACGCUGAGGAACAUCCGUGGAGUGCUUGCUGAUGCAGAGGGGAAGCAACUGCAGAACCAGGAUGUGAAGCUUUGGUUAGCUGACCUCCAAGACUUGGCUUACGACGUGGAUGACAUCUUGGACGAGUUUGCGACUCGAGCUUUGGGGCGUAAGUUGAUGAAAGAACAUCAAGCCAGCUCAAGUAAGGCACCAAAAGUUAAGCCUACUUGCUGCACUGGUUUACAUCCAAGUUCUAUGAUGUUUAACUAUAAGAUGAUGUCCAAGAUUAAAGAGAUUACUGGAAGACUAGAAGAUUUAGCUACUCAAAAGAGUAACUUGCGGCUAAGGGAGAUCACGAAUGAUGUUGGAAGGCCCAUGACAAUCCCACGAAGGCCGCCCAGUACUUCUUUGGUGAAUGAAGCUAAUGUACUCGGCAGAGACAAAGACAAGAGGGUGAUACUUGAUUUGCUUUUGAGGAACGAUGGCGAUGAUGCUGGUUUAUUCUGUGAUUCCCAUCGUUGGCAUGGGAGGGAUUGGAAAAACAACCCUUGCUCAACUUGUUUACAAUGAUGACAGCAUAAAAGAUCAUUUUGAUCUUAGAGCAUGGGUUUGUGUUUCUGAUGAAUUUGAUAUCAUCAGGAUAACAAAGACAAUUCUGCUGUCAGUCACCUCCGAGCCAUGUGAUAUGAAUGAUUUGAAUUUGCUUCAAGUCAAAUUAAAGGAGAAGCUAUCGAGAAAGAAAUUCUUGCUUGUUUUGGAUGAUGUUUGGAACGACAACUACAAUGAUUGGUUGGCGCUUCGAUCUCCUUUUGAUGCUGCGGAACCGGGAAGCAAAAUAAUUGUCACAACACGUAGUUCCAAAGUUUCAUCAAUUAUGACAACUGCUGCAGACUACUCGUUGCAAUGCUUAUCAGAAGAAGAUUCUCUCAGAAUGCUUGCUCAUGACGCAUUAGAAAGAGAGGAUUUUACAGGGAAUCCAGACUUGAAAGAGAUCGGCUUGGAGAUCCUGAAGAAGUGUGAUGGUUUGCCUUUGGCAACAAAAACCAUUGGAGGACUAUUGCGCACAAAGGUGAAUCGUGAAGCAUGGAAAGUUAUAUUAGAGAGUGAUAUUUGGAAUCUGCCUCAACAUGGAAGUGACGUAAUUCCAGCUCUAUGGUUGAGUUACUAUUAUCUUCCUUCACAAUUAAAGCAAUGUUUUGCUUAUUGCUCUCUGGUCCCUAAAGAUUAUGAAUUUGGUGAGGAAGAAAUAGUUCGGUUAUGGAUGGCUGAAGGUUUUCUCAAUGGACCAGAAACUAAAAGGCAAAUUGAAGAUUUGGGCAGCCAGUGUUUUGAAGAACUGGUAUCAAGGUCAUUCUUUCAAGCAUCUAGCAUGGAUGAAUCUCUGUUUGUAAUGCAUGACCUGAUUAAUGAUCUAGCUCAGUUCGUUGGAGGAGAAAAAUAUUUUAAAAUGGAGGGACAUGAGGAAAUGAAGCGUCCAAGUCACGGUCGCCACACCUCUUAUAUGAUAGGCGAGUAUGACAAUAUCAAAAAAUUUGAGUCCCUUUUUGAAGCGAAGUCACUACGGACGUUCUUACCCUUUAAGAUGCUGGAGAUGUAUGAGUGCUUCUUAAGUAAUAACGUUCCUAAUGAUUUACUGCCGAGAUUGAAAUGCUUGAGGGUGCUCUCUUUGAAAAGGUACCGCAUCACUGAAAUACCAGAUUUCAUUGGAAAUUUGAGACAUUUGCGCUAUCUAGAUUACUCUUAUACUUACAUAAAAGGUCUCCCUGAUUCAAUAUGCACCCUUUAUAAUUUAGAGACUCUUUUAUUAAGGCAUUGUCGGUGGAUUGAGAAGUUACCCACAAAAAUAGGAAUGUUAGCCAACCUUUGCCAUCUAGAUAUUGCCGGUGCAGGUUCAAUGAAGGAAAUGCCAAGUGGAAUUGGUAAAUUAACAAAUCUUCGGGCAUUGUCUAAUUUUAUUUUGGGCCAAGGCGAUGCACUGAAUAUAAGAGAGAUGCAAAAUUUAUCAAAUCUCAAAGGUCAGCUUUCUAUUUCGGAGUUGCAAAAUGUGAAUGAAGCUCAGCAUGCAUGGGAAGCUAAGCUAUCAAGUAAGCCUGACCUCGAUGAUUUAGAGCUGGAGUGGUGUAAAGACUUUGAUGAAAAUUUAAGACAGAAAGAAGUCGAGACAGAGGUUUUGAACUUGCUUCGACCACAUGAAGAGCUUAAAGCGCUUGCCAUCAGGUAUUAUGCAGGAAUAGCAUUCCCAAUUUGGAUAGAAGAUCCUUCAUUUAAAAAUUUGCAAUCAUUAAAGUUUGUAAAUUGUCCAAAUUGCACAUUAUUACCGGCAGUUGGAAAACUACCACUUUUAAAGGAUCUUUAUAUCAGGGAAAUGAAGAGCGUAACUAGUGUUGGCAAUGAAUUCUAUGGAGAGAAUUGGCCAAAUGUGUUUCCAUCAUUAGAGACAUUGCAUUUUGAGGAUAUGCCAGAAUGGAAAGAGUGGAAGGCAUGUGAAGUUGAUGAGCAAGGAAGAAAAUUCCGUUGCCUCCGAGAUCUCCUUAUUGUGGGUUGUCCCAAAUUGAUAGGGCCAUUGCCGGAGCACUUUCCUUCUUUGGAAAAACUUGAGAUUCGUAAUUGCCAAAAUUUGGAAGUUUCAAUUUCAAAUCUUCCAAAGCUAUGUGAAUUAAAAAUUGAUGGGUGUGAAAAAGUAGUGGUUGGGAGUUGUAUGGACCUUUGGUUGGUAAAAAAAAUCAACCUUUCCUACAUUUCAAAGUUUGCAUGUGUAACAAGGGAAAGGAUGUGGACGUUCGAGUGGAUGAAAGUAGAAGAUCUCAAUGUUAAAGGUUGUGAAGAAUUGGUUUCUAUGUGGCAAACUGAGUGGGGUUGGUUGGUGCCUUUGAGAUCUCUUCGUAAUUUAGAGCUCCAAAAUUGUCCGCAGGUUGCUUCUAUAAGUGCAACGGAGGAGGAGGAAAAGGCAGAGAUUUUGCAAUUAGACUUACACUACAACAUUGAACAUUUGGGAAUAAAAUAUUGUGAAGGCUUCCAGAAGUUAUCGAAAAACCUCACGUGUCUUAGAGAGUUAGAGAUUGUAGGGUGCCCAAAAUUGGUUUCACUUUUGGCGGAUAACUUGCCCUCAACUCUUAAAAGUUUGGUGAUUAAGGAAUGUGAGAAUUUAGAGUGCUUAUUGGAAGAUGGGGAGAACAUCAAUUUCAGCAGCACAUCUCUCCUUGAAUUUCUUCAAAUUUGUGAAUGUAAAGCUCUCAAAUCAUUAUCAUCAAGCAGUAAGUUACCCGUGGGGCUUAAAAUGCUGCUGAUCUUUUCCUGUCCAAAGCUAGAAUUUGUAGCACAGGAAAUUGGGGAUAAUACUUGUCUUGAAUCUAUUGAAAUCUGGUAUUGUGAAAAUAUUCAGUAUUUACCCCAAGGAAUGGACAAGCUUAAAUCUCUGGAGCUUCGUGGGUGUGAAAAACUUAAAUCUCUGCCUAGCCUCAACUCUCUUCAAGACUUGAUCAUAUCGAGUUGUCCAAGGGCGACAUCCAUCCCAGAAGGGGGUUUGCCUACCGACCUAACAAGCCUUUACAUCCAUGAACCCAAUGUUGUUAAGUCAGUAAUGGAGUGGGGAUUGCAUAGACUCACCUCUAUUAAAGGUCUCCUAAUUGAUGGUCGUAAUUGUGAUGCGGUGAUAUUUCCAGAAAGGGGUUUGCCUACCAACCUAACAAAGCUUAGCAUCUCUGGACCCAAUAUUGUUAAGGCAGUAAUGGAGUGCGGAUUGCAUGAACUCACCUCUCUUACAACGCUCUACAUUAAUGGUAGUAAUUGUGUGUCAUUUCCACAAGAGGAGAUCAAGCUGCCCCCUUCUCUCAACGUUAUUUCUAUCUUAGACUUCAAAAAUCUAAGGAAGCUAUCCUCCAAAGGCUUUCAGCAUCUUUCCUCUCUUCAACAUUUGUGGAUAGGAGAUUGUCCGAAGCUCAAAUCCCUUCCCAAAAAGGAAGUGCUUCGCUCGCUUUUGGAUCUACAAAUUUUUGGUAGUCCAGUGUUGAAGAAAAGGUGCAAAAGGGAUAAAGGAAAAUAUUGGCCUAACAUCGCUCACAUACCACGUGUUAAAAUUGAUCAGAGAUACACCUACGAAUUAUAAAGAGCAAUGUUUUGACCGGAGCUCCUAUCUUAGAAGAGAAUUUCGCAUUUUGUGUUGAUGGAUGUUUGGAUGCGGCCUUGACUUGUUUCCACAGGAGGAGAUAGGAAUUUCUGUGCAAAGGCUUUCAGAAUCUACCUGUUGAAAAAAUAUGAUUCAAACGUGAUAGAAGAGGAACUGAAUCAAGCUUGAUUGCUGAAUGUUGCUUAAUUGCUGGAUGUAAUCUUUUCUACACGAAAUAGAUGCAGUGAAGCUUAAUACAAGAAUUAAACCAAGCAUCGAUCCUAGUGGACAUGAAAACAUAAGUUUCUUGGCAUUAGAGCAUGAACAAGCUUGAAAUCCAUCCCUUUUCUUCUUUGUAAAAUGGUCAUUGUUUUCACUUGACUCUGCAUGUACUUCAAACUCCUGCAGGAGGUAUUUGUUUCUGCCAUCAUUGAUUGGAUAUGGUAGCAAAAGCAGUAUGAUAGUAGCUAUGCCACAAGAAGUUCUACCAAUUAGUCUUUUGUUUCUGUUGUUGCCAAACUCCUCAUGUCAAAAUGCUUUUGACCAAUUAUGACAGGAUGAGUGAAACUUACUUGAUAUAAUGCUCUCAAGAUUCAGUGGUGGGAACUUGUCUAUUCUGCAUUUCCUCUUCUAAAAGGAUACUUCCUAACUGGCUUCAUGGUUAAGAUUCAUAGAAGUGUACUUGAAUCCCGCAUCAGAAUUUCACGCGAAAAAGAAUAAGCUUUUGGGUUCAACCAUAAUUCUAAAUUGUAUGUUUUGGCUGGCAUUGUUGGAUCUCUUAAUCCUUUCUUCCAAAACAAGUGAUAUUAGAGAGACUAGAGAGCACCUUGGCAAACAUGGCUGGUGAUGUUGAUUCAAGAAACUCCAAUUCUGAAUAGUUGAUGGUGCCUACAAAGCUAUAUAGCUUGAGAACUUGUAUCCUACCAAAAGGAAAAAUAGGUGUCUUUAAGUGGAUGCACAAGGAAUAAAGGGGAUGAGAAAAAGACACCAUCCUUCAAUGAACAACCAGACAUGGUUAUGAUGUCUCCACAAACAGUCCACUUUUGGUGAGAUUGCUCUUGUUAUCCAAGAAAUUUACCUUUUUUUAUGAUAACUUGUUGUAAUAUCAUGUGGUUAAACUAACAAAGACUCAUGUUGUAAUCCCAUUAUUUUGAGUAGUAAAAGAUUGAGUGGACUUGGUCCCGUGGUUUUUUCCCCUUUCCAAGGGGUUUUCCACGUAAAAUUCGGUGUCCUGCUUUUUAUGAGUUGAUGAUCAUUUCCUUUUAUUCCUUUGAUAUCUAAUGAUUAAUUACUAGUCUUUCCGCAUCCUGCUGUGUUGCCAGCCCCCAUUAAUUUGGUUAGUAUCGUUGCCUAGCUGUGAAUGAUGAAUUUCCAUCAUGUAUCAGGCAAAAUCAAAAUUUUAAAAGGAAUUUAUUUGGGAUAGGGGUGGGCUUUGAUAACCAUUUGAUUGGUUGGCUCUCGGGGUGGUAAUUGAAUUGUUGAUUGCUCUAGGUUUUUUGCUGGGUUUUAUGGAUGUCUUAUGCAAAGAACUAUUGAAAUUAAUA